AUGGCGGACCACGGGCGCAAUCUGCGCAGUCGGACAAAGGCAGCAGCUACUACGAGUGCUGAAUCGGCUCCUGCCAGCCCAGCGAAGUCUCUGCCGGCCGACGUCCCUCCGGCACAGUCCUCGUCGGUUCAGCCAACAAAGGAGGACGGCAGCGAUCCGCACGCUCAAGAGGAGGAGCUCGAGUUUGGAGGGCCUGUCGGAACGUUUGCGAUGAUGACAGGCUUCCCCAUCCUCUUCUACUACCUCUACGUCUGCCUGUACUUCUACGACGGACGACUGGCGACACCGAAAGACCCCUCGACCUUGCUCGGACCGGGCGGCUGGGUCGACUUUGUUAAGCAUGUUGCGACGCUCGUCUGGGAGAAUGCGAUGCCCACGAAGAGGGCGACUGCGCUCUACCUCAUCUUCGUUGGCGGCCAGUUCCUCCUCGCCUUCGUCAUGCCGGGCGUCCACCAGAAAGGCCUUCCCCUCCCUCAUCUCGGCAACCGCGCCCUCGACUACUACUGCAACGCUUACACUUCGAUCUACGCUACCGCACUCCUUGUCGGCCUCGCCCACUACUACGAGCUGUUCAAUCUCGCCGAAGUCAUCGAUCUCUACGGCGCUCUCCUCACGGUCGCCUCCAUCUCCGGCUUUACCCUUGCCGCCAUCACCUACCUCUUUGGCGAGAACUACCGUAUGAGCGGCAACCUCGUCUACGACUACUUCAUGGGUGCGACGCUCAACCCGCGCGUCGGAAUCGUCGACAUCAAGAUGUUUGCCGAGAUCAGGGUCUCCUGGACGCUCUUGUUCGCGUUGGCGAUGGGCGCAGUCGUCAAGCAGCACCAAGACUACGGCUACGUCAGCGGCAACACCGCCCUCUUUGCGUACGGAACGGGUCUUUACCUGAACGCUUGCGGCAAGGGCGAGCAGUACAUUCCGCAGACUUGGGACAUGAACUACGAGAAGUUCGGCUGGCUCCUUUCGUACUGGAACCUCGCCGGCGUCCCGUUCUCGUACGCCUACGCGGCGAUCUACAUGGCGACGCACGACCCGGCAACCUACACCUACUCGAAGCCGACGCUAGUCUUCCUCUUCGUUCUUCUAACAUUCGCUCAGGCUAUGAUGGACAUCUCGAUGGCGCAAAAGUCGCACUUCAAGGCCGUCAAGACGGGCACUUAUAUCAAGCGCAACACGUUCCCGCAGUUCCCGUGGGCCGAACUUGACAACCCAAAGACCUUCAAGACGAAGAAGGGCGAGCUCCUCCUCGAUGGGUGCUGGAAGUACUUGCGCAAGCCCAACUACAUCUCGGACUGGACGCAGGCCAUCAUCUGGGCUGCCUCGGCCGGCACGGGCUCGGUCAUCCCGUACUACUACCCCUUCUUCCACGGCACGAUGCUCCUCCACCGCAACGCUCGCGACGAUGUCAAGUGCGCGAGGAAGUACGGCGAGGACUGGCAGAAGUACAAGCAGAUGGUCCCGUACUCUUACAUCCCCUACGUCUUCUGA